GCUCUCAGCGAGGAAUCAUCUAUUCUACGAUUUGUGUUCUUUUGAGUACUUAUUUGUGGAAACAAGCCGAUCAAGGAUAUACAAUUGGAUUUAGUGAAUGGUAGCUGCACAGUUAUCAAAAAUUUAGUUUGAACUAAAUAGUGAACGAAAAUCUCUUGGUUAUACUCAGCAAGAGAUAAAAAACAAACGUUGUGGAUAUAGUGAAGGUGCGAUAAAAAGGGGCCAGUUAAGUGCCAUUAGUGUAUGCGAUCGAUAAAAACAAAAGAGGAUUAACAUCACCGCCUUAAGGAUGCAGUCGCCAGUCAGCUCCCCGGAACUAAUGGACCCACGAUACAAUCAUCUUCGGAUUCCGGCUUCAUCAAGCCGUAUUCUCUACGACGUUCCGUGUAAGGUAUGCCGCGAUCAUAGUUCCGGAAAGCACUACGGAAUCUAUGCCUGCGAUGGAUGUGCCGGCUUCUUCAAGCGAUCGAUUCGUCGCAGUCGUCAGUACGUUUGCAAGUCAAAGUCCGAAACACCCUGCAUGGUGGACAAGACACAUCGCAACCAGUGCAGAGCCUGCCGGUUGAAGAAAUGCUUCGAGGUCGGAAUGAACAAGGACGCUGUACAACACGAACGGGGGCCACGUAGCUCAACUCUACGUAAACAGAUGGCUCUCUUCAUCGCUAAGGAUGCGCCUCUUCGACACGAUCUCAUGAUCCCGCCACCACUUCCUCUGACCCAAGCACCUAUGGGAUUAGACCUGUCCAUUCCCAGGAACACCUUCCUCAACGCACAAUCCAUGGUUCAUCCGACACUUUUCCCGGCCAUGCAAUCUCCCCAUCCUCUGAUCGCCGCCGAUGCCAUCCGAGAAUCAGCCGCCCAACUCCUGUUCAUGAACGUAAAUUUCCUGAAAAAUUUGGUUCCCUUCACCAAACUACCCCUGGACGAUCAGCUUGUGCUAUUUGAAGAAUCAUGGCGAGAGUUUUUCAUCCUGGCAGUCGCCCAAUACCUUCUGCCGAUCAACUUCAACAACCUGCUCGUGGCCUACGAAUACAUGAACAACAAUCGCGGCGAACCCUUUCCCGAGUGCAUCAUCCGGGAAAUCGAAAUCUUCCAAGAAAUCCUGGCCCAAAUCGUUGCCCUGCGAGUGGACAACAACGAGUUCGUUUAUCUGCGAGCAGUUGUCCUGUACAAAACGGAGUUCGAUCCCGAAAGUAGCAUCUCCAGCAGCAGCAGCGACGGCUCCGAUGUCAUCUCCUCAACCUCCAAAUCCAUCCAGGAAGCCGACACGGUUCGUGCCCUCGAAGCGGGAGCUAAGGAUGCGUUGGCCGCUUACUCCCGAACCUACCGACCGGGACCGGUUGAUCGUUACCGACUUCUACUCCAGCUACUUCCAGUCCUGCGAAACGUCUCAACCUUCACCAUCGAAGAACUAUUUUUCCGGAGAAAUAUUGGCCCGGCACCUCUGCUGAAGCUUCUCCUCGACUUCUACCGACAAAAGUAGACAGCACUUUUGCCACCGUAUUGUUCUUCGAUAGGCUACGAUCCACCCGCCCUUGGAUCGCUAAAACGACUGUGAUUGAGAUAGUGUAAAUAGUAUUGUGUAAAUCGGUAUACGAAAUCAAAGAAUUCUUUACAAAGGAAUAGUUUUAUUCACCCCUAGAUUAUACGAGAUAUUGUUAUUAUAGCGCAAUUGCCAAGUUACUU